AUUUUGUUAGUGGUUUGUCGGAAACUGGAAAGCUGACGGCGCGGCCACGCAGAGCGGAAGAGAAACGCAGCAGAGCAGAAGUUUUGUUUGGCGUUUUUUAGGCUCUGUGAGGCCUUUACUUUUAUUUCACUCUUCCGAGCUCCGUUUGUAAGCUGCCGGUAUGAGUCUGCAGUGGACGGCCGUGGCUACGUUCCUCUACGCCGAGGUGUUUGCGGUGCUGCUGCUCUGCGUGCCCUUCGUCUCUCCGAAACGAUGGAGCAAAAUCUUCAAAUCUCGUUUGGUGGUCGCCGUUACAACUUAUGGAAACACAGCAUUCAUCGUGGUUAUCUGUAUCCUGGUCUUCCUUUUGGUUGAUGCGUUCCGAGAAGUGCGAAAGUACAGUGUGACUGACAAGGUGGACUUGACCAACAACCCUGUGGCCAUCGAGCACAUCCACAUGAAGCUGUUCAGAGCACAGAGGAACGAGUAUAUUGCAGGCUUCGCCCUGCUUCUAUGUCUGUUGUUGCGGCGCCUGGCCUCUCUUCUCUCCCAGCAGGCCACACUCAUGGCCUCCAACGAGGCAUUCCAGAAGCAGGCAGAGGGAGCCAGCGACGCUGCCAGAAAGUACAUGGAGGAGAACGAGAAGCUCCAGGAGAAGCUGAGAGAGGCAGGUCUGGAGGUGCCUGAAGUGGGAGGCAAGACCAAGGCCAGCGCUGAAGAAGAGAACAAGACUCUGAAGGGGGAGGUCAGGCAGCUGAAGGAUGAGCUUGAUGCCACCAGGAAAGCUCUUCAGAAGUCAGACAGUGAUGUGAAGGCCAUGAAGAAGCAAGCGGAGAAUCUUACGGUGGAGUAUGAUCGUCUGCUGGAGGAGCAUGCCAAACUGCAGGCGAAACUCGACUCUCAACAAGACAAGAAGUCAGAUUGAACCUGUUACUGUCAUAUAUCAGUCCACUCUUCCUCCUCGACGCCAGGUCCACGCAUCACUUCCGGCUGCUGGAUUUAAUCAUACAGGAUUUGGAAGCAUUCCUGUGUGCUUUACUCCUAAUAAUGCUGCGUUUGGUGAAACGUCAAAUGUUUUGUUCGUGGUUUUUUUUUUCUUCCUUUUUUCUUUAUCAUAAAGUAGCUCAAUGUCAUGACUUUCUUUUCUUCUGAAUGUGAAAAAAUGGUCUUUACUGAUUUUUCUACGCUUUAAAUGUUUUUGCAGCUCCUUGUAAUGUUUAGCGUAUUAAUAGAUCGACCAAGAAAUAUCUGUGGAUUAUGUGGAUAAUGAGCUGGCAAAAGAAAAAUAUCCAUAAUUGUUGGGGGAUAAAAGCUUUGUUACAUUCAUCGUUUUACUUUUUUGUAGUUAUUAUGCCUUAAAAAGGACGAAGUUGAAUAUCAGCAUAGUGUUUAUUGUAUACAAAUCAAAAUUGAAUUACGGAAUGGAAACAAGGGUGAAAUAUGUGGGUUUCAAUGUUUGGUGCUGGUUAAUUUUGGAGGAGGUUGUGGAUUUAGAAUCUUCUCCACUUUCCUUUGGCCAUCUGGGACUGUACACUUCCAGUAAGCACUAAAGAAAGUUCAGCCAGGUCACUUUCAUGUUCCCAACCUUUUUUUUUUUUUUUUUGCCAGAACCGCUCACUGUAGGAAAAUAUCACCUAUCUUAUUGUUCUCUGCUGGGAUUACUCUCUUACAUUGUAUUACAUUCUUACAUUGUAAAAGUAGAACACACAGUGGACAAGCUUAUUCCAGCAGUGGCUGGUUUAUUCCACUGAGUCAGUAUAAUGUGAUCUGAAUCAGGCCCUGCUGCAAUCAAGCGGACUGGCAGUGACUUUGCAUGAACGGUCAAGCGUCCGUAGCCUAGGUUUCAAAACACUGAGGUCGCCUUUGAGUUUCAAGUUUCCGAUUCGAUAGAGAGACCGUUUAGUCCAGUCUUGGUGGUGCCUCCCAAAUACAGGAGCCAGCAGCUACUUGUAAUUUCCCCGGUUGCAGAUUGAUAGCCAUUGUAGGGCAUAUACAGCAAUAAAGAAUGGAAAAAGCAACAGAUGACGCUAAGCUGCCUUGGCUUUACUGGCCUUGCAAACGAAUAGCUCAACACAGCGUUAGAGUGGUGACGCUCGACACUCGUCAGUUGAUCGUUGCAGAGUGUAACAAGUGCUCAGCCUGUACACACGUCUGAAGAGUUGUGGCUGUCCAGAUAAAUAUAGAGGCUCAUUGUAAAGCAGUGCAGGAAAGCUGGGGGUACACGGAGGUAUUUUAGAACACGAGGUUUUAUAGUUCAUAGUUCUGUGAAUGUUCAGCUACACCAAGCAUGCAAGGUAUUUUUUCUCCUACAUUAAUCGUAGUUCACCAUUUGGGUUCUUCUCAGAAUGCAUGCAUCUAAAAUAUUGUACUGUCUCUUAAUGUAUGUUUAAGGACUUGAGGGUAUAUUCAGGGUUGGUGGAAAUUGUAUUAACUUGGAAGAUGGUGAACAAAUACAUGUACAAGCCGCACAACACACUUGGAAUGUUUAGUUAGGAUGUUUUUCUGCUUUGUUCCUCGUCUGCAUCACCAAAUGUAGCAGUGAAGCGCCAGAGAAGUCCUCAGUCUAUGACCUUAUUGCAUAUUUCAUAUUUGAUCAUCACCCUGCAGGAACAGACACAUUACUCUUCUGAUUGCCUAUAAUGGCUCAUCUAAACUGUCCAUUGUGACUUCAGACCAAUUUUGUGCUCUGUUUCUGAAACCAGGCAGGAUAUUUUGGCUGAUUUACUAGCAGUUAGUUAAGUUUUGUCACUCAGUUCUCUGCAUGCUGCAGUUUAUUACCGGUUCCAUGUUUGGCAAUGUGCUUCAAAUGAGAAGUUGAUAAACUACUUCCAUUAAAGUCUCUGUUAAAACUCUUAA